GCGGGUCGCAGAUGUCACGUGAUACUGUAAGUUGUUGUUUUUCUCAAAGCUAAGGCUUUAGUGAGAUUCGUGACUAGAAGAACCGGAGAAACACCUUUUCACAUAGAAACACUGUGAUGGCAGUGGAAGGAGCAGCAAAGGUCAUCAAAGUCUUGUUAUUUGUCUUCAACUUCAUAUUCUUUCUUGGAGGUAUUGGCUUGCUUGGAGUGGGAAUCUAUGUUCAGCUAAAGAUCGGAGAUUAUGUGGCACUUUCCUCAGUGAAAUAUGUUACAGGAUCGAUUAUUAUCAUUGCUGUUGGUGCAGUUAUUGCUGUGAUAACAUUCUUUGGCUGUUGUGGGGCUAUCAAGGAAAGCAGAUGUCUUCUUGGAACAUUUUUUGCCUUGAUGUUGUUGGUCUUUGGCUUGGAAGUUGCAGGGACAUCUUUGGGUUAUGUUUACCGAGAUCAGGUGAAAGAUGAGUUACUGAAGGAUCUGAAUCAGACACUAUAUCAGUAUGGUUCUGAGGACAAAGAAGGAGUAACAAAAGCCUAUGACCUUCUGCAGGAAAAGGAAAAAUGCUGUGGUGUGAAUGGAUACAGGGAUUGGCGGAGUACACCUUUCACUGAUGGGAACCACAGUAAAGUUCCUGACAGUUGUUGCAAAGAAGUCAAACCAAAAUGUGGAGACACAUCAGUUGUCACAGGAAACAUCUACACAGAAGGUUGUUAUAAGAAGACACUUAACUUACUCAGAGACAACCUGAUUAUAAUCUUUGGAAUAGGCGUUGCAGUAGCUGUCAUCCAGCUUCUCAGCAUGAUAUUUGCUCUGGUCUUGAUAUGUAAGAUCGGCGACCAAAGUACAUAUGCUUAGCAAAUGAAGCUCACCAAACUUAUGCACUGCUGUUUUAAAGAAGUUAUGUCAGGUUCUGCAAUGUGAGAAUUAUUACAGGAUGGAACUCAGUUUGUGGACCUCACAGGAAGAUUGUACAAUGUAGUAUUCAAUAUAAAGUAAUUGUUUCUAUUAAAGUGUGAACAUAGAAGAAAAUCGGCAAGUGCUUGCAGCUCGUAACACAGGCAGUCCAAGCUCACUACAAGAAAAGCGGACGUGACUCUUACAGUAUUGUGCAACGUUUUACACAAUAUCUCUCAGACUUGAUAAAAAUCAAAGUGAGUUCGCGGUCUCAGUUGAGAUCACACGGGGCAUACUCCCAAUCGAUAACACCUACAGAACAAAAAAGACACUCGGGGA